AUGUGGUUACGCGGUGUGAGAGGAUCCCUUGCAUAUUUGAAGGCGACCGGAAGGUCCUGUAGACCACAAUGGCUUUCGGAAGCAUGUUUCCUAUCUGAUAUCCCGUCCAAGAAACCGAAGCUUGCUCCUCUCCAGGAGCGGAAAAUGAUCGACCGUUUUAAGCUUUGGGCUAAAGGAGGUGACGGGGGAAAUGGUUGUACUAGCUUCCGCCGAAGCCGCCAUGAUCAUCGUGGCAUACCUGACGGUGGAAAUGGAGGAAGAGGCGGCGACGUAAUAUUAGAAUGUUCAACUUCAGUUUGGGACCUUAGCAGUCUGCAGCACCACAUUAAUGCAAAGGGAGGCAGACAUGGGGCUCCAAAGAAUAUGAUAGGCAGCCGAGGGGACAACAAGGUAGUCCAAGUUCCCGUUGGUACUGUAAUUCAUCUUAUUGAGGGUGAAAUUCCAUGUGUCGUGGAAAAGCAUUCUUCUGAGGAGUUGUACCCGUGGGAUGUUCCGGGUUCUCUUGAUAACCAUUCUGUCGAACCAUCCUCCCAAAUCGGUUCGGUUAAUGCUAACAAUACCGCAGCUUCUAAUGCUGGAACUGGCUCUGGUAUAAUGGCACCACCUUGCAGCAAGAAAUCUGAAGUUAUGGAUGAAGUAUCCUGUAAUGGAAUGGAGAAUCUGGUCAGCGGUGAUGAUUUGUCAGAAAUAGCGGGGGAAAUAGAAGCAGAGGCGGCCUCAGAUAUACAAUACAGUGUUGCUGAAUUGACAGAACCUGGACAACAAGUAAUUGUUGCACGUGGAGGUGACGGUGGCCUUGGUAAUGUCUCGUUGUCUAGAGUUCCUCAAAAGAGAGUCAAAAAUGCCAAUUCCAUAGACAACGAUGAGCGCGCAAGAUUAAGAAUUGGCACACCUGGUUCUGAGGCCGUUCUUUUGUUAGAGCUGAAGAGCAUUGCUGACGUGGGCUUCGUUGGGAUGCCGAAUGCAGGGAAAAGCACACUACUUGGGGCCAUAUCAAGGGCUAGACCUGCCAUCAGUCAUUAUGCAUUCACGACAUUGAGGCCUAAUCUAGGGAAGUUAAACUACGAAGAUGUUUCCAUUACAGUUGCCGAUAUCCCAGGACUGAUAAGGGGAGCUCACGAGAAUCGUGGACUUGGGCAUGCUUUUCUGCGACACAUAGAACGGACGAAAGUUCUUGCUUAUGUUCUUGAUUUAGCCGCUGCUACAGAUGGUAGAAAAGGACUUCCACCUUGGGAACAGCUUAAAGAUUUGGUUAUGGAGCUUGAGUAUUAUCGUGAGGGUCUGUCUAACCGGCCGUCCUUAAUUGUUGGAAAUAAAAUUGAUGAAGAAGGAGCCGAACAAGCGUUCAAAGAAUUAAAACAACGGGUUCGGGGUGAAGUGCCCAUGUAUCCAGUGUGUGCUGUUCUGGGUGAGGGUGUAGCAGGGAUUAAAGAUGGUCUUAGAAUGCUUGUGAGUGGAAGGGAACCACAUGCACGACUCAGUUUGGAUGACAUUGUGGUCGAUUAG